CUGUGAGCGGAGCUGGACCGACGCCAUGAGCUCGCGCGGUGUGUGAGGGAGGUGAUGAUUCGGUAAAAAGCGGAGCCGUUGAUGCUGUGAGGUCGCGUGAAAACAUGAAGCUGCUGUUUGUGGUGACGCUCUUAUGGCGCGAGGCGCUGUGCGGGUCCCCGAGCGUGCAAAUAGGUGGGUUGUUCCCUCGGGGGGCCGAUCAGGAGUACAGUGCAUUCAGGGUCGGCAUGGUUCAGUUUGGGAUGACAGAUUUCAGACUGACUCCUCACAUCGAUAAUCUGGAGGUGGCUAACAGCUUCGCGGUCACAAACUGCUUUUGUUCACAGUUCUCACGAGGCGUCUACGCCAUCUUUGGCUUCUACGAUAAGAAGUCGGUGAACACCAUCACGUCCUUCUGUGAGACACUGCAUGUCUCCUUCAUCACGCCGUCAUUCCCAGCUGAAGGCAUGAAUCAGUUUGUUCUGCAGAUGAGGCCGGACAUCAAAGGUCCACUGGUGUCUUUAGUGGAGUACUACAAGUGGGAGAAGUUUGCGUACCUGUACGACAGUGACAGAGGUCUCUCAACUCUUCAGGUCAUCCUGGACACUGCCGCAGAGAAAAAAUGGGUCGUCACGGCGAUAAAUGUAGGUAACCUCAAAGACGAGAGAAAGGACGAGGCGUACCGCUCCCUGUUCCAGGACCUGGAGAUCCGUAAGGAGCGACGCAUCAUCCUGGACUGUGAACAGGACAAAGUCAAAGACAUCAUGGAACAGGUGAUCACUAUAGGUCGACAUGUGAAAGGAUACCACUACAUCAUUGCCAACCUGGGUUUUGUAGACGGCGACCUCUCUAAAAUCCAGUACGGAGGAGCGAAUGUUUCAGGCUUUCAGAUCGUAGAUUUUGACGAUCCUGUGGUGGCAAAGUUUGACCAGCGAUGGGAGGCUCUGGAGGAGAAGGAAUACCCUGGAGCAGACGCGCGGAUCAGAUACACCUCCGCCCUCACCUAUGACGCUGUCAAUGUGAUGACCGAGGCCUUUCGCUUCCUGCACAAGCAGAGGAUAGACAUGAGUCGUCGUGGCAACAGUGGGGACUGUCUGGCUAAUCCAGCAGUGCCAUGGGCUCAGGGGGUGGAGAUCGAACGAGCCCUCAAACAGGUGCGUGUUGAUGGUUUAACAGGGAACAUCCAGUUUGAUCAGUAUGGAAAGAGAAUAAAUUACUCGGUGACAGUCAUGGAGCUGAAGAACAAUGGACCCGUGAAGAUCGGUUACUGGAAUGAGGUGGAUAAGAUGGUGGUGACAAAGUCAGACUUCUACCCAAAUGACACCAGCGGGAUGGAGAACAAGACGGUCAUCGUGUCGACUAUACUGGAAGCCCCCUAUGUGAUGCUGAAGAAAAAUUCUGAGCUGUUUCAAGACAACGAUCGCUAUGAAGGUUAUUGCGUGGACCUGGCUGCAGAAAUCGCAAAGCACUGUGGGAUACGUUACCAGCUAAAGAUUGUGGGAGAUGGCAAAUAUGGAGCCAGAGAUGCAGAAACCAAAAUCUGGAAUGGUAUGGUUGGAGAGCUGGUGUAUGGGAAAGCAGAUAUAGCUGUCGCUCCCCUGACGAUCACUCUGGUUCGAGAGGAGGUGAUAGAUUUCUCCAAACCCUUCAUGUCUCUGGGAAUCUCCAUCAUGAUCAAGAAGCCGCAGAAAUCUAAACCAGGAGUCUUCUCCUUCCUCGACCCGUUGGCCUAUGAAAUCUGGAUGUGCAUCGUCUUUGCAUACAUAGGAGUUAGUGUGGUUCUCUUUCUGGUUUCCAGAUUCAGCCCCUAUGAGUGGACAUUAGAGGAGCCAGAGGACGGAGCUUUGCCACUGACGACCGAAUCUACUAAUGAGUUUGGGAUUUUUAACUCCCUGUGGUUCUCUCUUGGGGCUUUUAUGAGGCAAGGUUGCGACAUCUCACCAAGGUCUCUGUCUGGCCGGAUUGUGGGCGGUGUGUGGUGGUUUUUUACCCUGAUCAUCAUCUCUUCGUACACCGCUAACCUGGCGGCCUUCCUGACAGUGGAGAGGAUGGUUUCCCCCAUCGAGAGCGCUGAAGAUCUGGCCAAACAGACCGACAUCGCAUACGGGACCCUGGACUCUGGAUCCACCAAGGAGUUCUUUAGGCGCUCCAAAAUCGCCUUGUUUGACAAGAUGUGGCAGUACAUGAAAUCAGCAGAACCUUCAGUCUUUGUGAAGAAAACAUCAGAGGGUGUCCUGCGAGUAAGGAAGUCCAAAGGGAAGUACGCCUACCUGCUGGAGUCCACCAUGAACGAGUACAUCGAGCAGAGGAAACCCUGUGACACCAUGAAAGUGGGAGGAAACCUGGACUCCAAAGGAUAUGGCAUCGCCACACCUAAAGGAUCCCCAUUAAGAAAUGCGGUGAACCUGGCGGUGUUAAAGUUGAACGAGCAGGGGCUGCUGGACAAACUGAAAAACAAGUGGUGGUAUGACAAGGGAGAGUGCGGCAGCGGAGGAGGGGAGAGCAAGGAGAAGACCAGCGCUCUGUCUCUCAGUAACGUCGCCGGUGUCUUCUACAUCCUGGUUGGAGGCCUGGGUCUUGCAAUGAUGGUGGCGCUGGUGGAGUUCUGCUACAAGAGCAGAGCGGAGGCCAAAAAGAUGAAGAUGAAAUUCACAGAUGCAAUGCGCUCCAAAGCUCGUCUAUCCAUCACAGGAUCGACCAGUGAGAAUGGCCGUGUCCCAGUGGCUUACCUACGUCCAGGAUUACCCAUGAGCCUCAGCAUGACUGAUCUCUCCUGACCACGCCCGAGCCAGUGCCUUACAGCCAAUGGACACACAUUCUCCCUUUGCCAUCUUAAUGACCAAUCACAACUCACGGUGGGUGAUCUGCCCUGAUUUCCAAUCUGGAGUUUAGCCAAUCAUAUCUCUCUGAGGACUCCUGAUCUCACUGUCACCGUUAAACUUCUGACUGGACGGAUGUUGUUUUCACCACUCAACUGUCAGGUUUAAGACCUGCCCACCUGCAAAGUGAAUUACUGACUAUCAGUGAGGAACAUGGCUGGUCAUUUACGUUUUAUUCAU